AUGACUGCUCUCGACGACAACGACGGCUCAUGCCGCCUCUCGUUUUGGCUCGCCAUGGAAACGCGUGCCACAACGGCCCCUUACUGCUGCUGUGAAUAUUGCCGUCUGAUUGCUAACGAAUGUAUUUCGACGACAACCCUUGCUGAAUACUUGGAAGCGUUUGAAGGCGGCAUGUAUGCUCUUCGACUGGUUACGGAAUUCCAAACAGUUGAAAUGACCGACGUCGGCAAUGUUGAAGUGCCUUUGGCGCUUUCAUCGGCCAUCUAUGGAGUAUUAUUCGAGAUUUGCACGAAAUUGUCGGAUGCUACAAUUGCGCAUUUGUUGACGAAAAAGAUUCGCAAGCAGGUGUCGGCCGAGAUAUCUGAACGAUUCGCGAAAAUAUUCUCGGAUCGCAUCGAAGAGAUCAACGAAUCGUGGCAAUUGACGACGCGAACGACUCUCCAGAUUUUGUUCGACUUCCAAUUGAUUAGCGCGAUGUUCCCCGGAGACAGAAUGAGAAAGUUGUGCGAAAUUGUUGAGUCACACCUGGACCCGUUCGAUGUUUCAUUGCUUUCGCCACUGAUUUCGAGCAAUGUCAAACUUUGUUAUAUGAGAACACAGAUCCUCUUUGCUCCGCUUCUUGUUGACAGCCUGCCGACGAAGGAUGUUCAGCCGCCACCGUCGUAUUCAAAGGUGCAAGACCUUGUCGUUCAUAUUCAGCAGCCUUCGAGAAUUCCGAUGAUUCCGAGAUUGGAUAGAGCUAUGAGUGGUGAUUUGAAAAAAUCAGGAAGAAAUAAAAUGAACAAAUUGUUGGCAAAUCCGCACCAACAAGGAUCAUCGAAGAGUACACCGACACUUAGCGCAUUUUACGACAAAAUUUCAUCUUCGUGGUUUGGUGGAAAUAAUUAA